AUGUGCGUAAAGGACAAGAACCAGGAUCCAUUCAACGUGGUUGAUGGCAAGGGAUGUGAAAAGAAACUGGUUCUUACUAAAGCUGUUUCAGCUGGUCAGAAAGAAAGUGAGAUGAUUUAUGUAAACGUCAGUAAAGUGAGGGAUGAACUUAGCAAUGACGAAGCAAGACUUUAUAAUCCUUUCAUUAUCACCAUAACUUCCUCGCCAAUGCGUAUUAUCUAUCCAUAUUAUCUAAUUGGGACUGUUAACAAUAAACCUUAUGAGACAACGAAACGAGAGUACUGGUGCCAAGACGGCGCUGAAACAAAAGACGAUGAUGAUUUGUCAUGUCCAGUUCAAAGAGACGCCACUACUGGUGAAAGAAUUUGGGACAGUCAGGGAUUCUGCUGUCGUUGUUCGCUUGCCGAAGAUUAUUUAUCGUCGCAAGGUGGCCGUUAUCAUCGCGGUAACACAGUCUGCGAAAAUAAAUGGCACAUCCCUUUCCUUCAUCAGUUAUUCAAAAAUAAAAAACGUCACAGUGCACAUUGCAUGCAUUACGAUGACCUGUGGUAUAAUGUUCACAAGAUUGGAUUGUAUAGAAUCUGGUUUAAGAUCUUAGUGAAAGCCUAUGAUCUAGUGGAAGAAGAAAGAGACGGAAGACGGUAUGAAAAGUUGGUUGAUGGAGGAGAAAUUGAACUAAGCAACUUCAAGUCAUCUGGGCAUGGUGUUCAUGGCCGAUUAUUAGCGUCUUUAGUUGGAAUGUUUGAAUCUGACACUCAGAUUUACAGUCUAACAGAAAGAUAUUUGUUUAUUCCCGCUCGGAGCUCGAAGAUUGACUGGCUAACUCAUUCACAGACGAAAAAUGGUGCUCGAGAUUUUCUUAUAAUUCCACGAUCUUUCGUAUCAUUGGAGAACUCCAUGCUAUCGUGCAAUAAAAUUGGAGUUAGUUUUACAGCAUUUCGUCUGCAGGGUGGACAUGAUGGUCAAGGGCUUGGAUGUCUUCGAAAGAUUGGCUCAUGCUUACACAACCAAGUAAAAGAUUAUUUUGAAAGUGACACGAAAAAUCGUGCAAAUGGAAAAAAACCGCUGUAUUUUCCAGAGCGUUAUGGAGUUGUUGUUGGCACCGGGGAGUACGACAAAAAAGGAAAAUAUGCUUUGGUGUACAAAGCUAAUAAACUUGGAAACAUCUUGAUCAGCUUAGAAAUAAGUGCUGAUGAUAUCAUUCUUAUUUAUAACAAGGCAAGUGGCGUUAUUGUCAAAGCAUUUGCAACAGACUUUGAAUCAUUAUCUGACAAUGGAAAACUGCAUGUUAUUGUUCAAAAUACAGGUCUUGUGACAGCAGACUUCUUUGUCACUAUGAAAUACUGUACACGAGGUAUACAACGCGCUCCUGAAGUGAAGGCAUCCAUUAAUGCUCAGUCUGUUCAUACUUUCACGUUACGAUUGAGAACGACUAUUCACGAUUCAGGGGCAUUUACGUGUAUUGGUAGGUACAUUAACUGUUACAUUUUCUACAGAUUAGGACGAGACGUACAAGAGAAACACUUAUUUAUAACUAUUUUUAUAUUAGUGAAUCUUUGGGACGCCCGCCAUGGUUUAUUAGAUUCAGCAAAUAUCACAUUUGAGACGACCUCGGCAUGUGUUUGUCUUCAGGAUUGUUCUUGUACAUGUCUAGGUCAUUCCAGCAGCGAGUCAUGCAUUACUGAAGAUUCAGAUGACGAAGAUAAAGACGCUUUAAAUUUAGUCAACAAGAAGAUAGAAAAAAAGAAAUUUGGAAGAUUGGAGGUAUUUUUCAUGUGGAUGAACGACAAUCUUGCAGCGAUCGUGAGUUUCUUUACCACGCCAUCAUUGAACCAUGCUUUAAUUAUGUGGCUUCUCCUUUCUCUGAUGUUUGGGCUUAUUAAAGCAAACCUUGGCAUGAAACAGGGGGGUGCACCUAUUGCAUAUUGGGGAUGGUGGUUUGAGCAGCCUACAGGGAAGAAAACGUUUAUUGAUUCAAAUGGAGAAAGGAUUCAGGCAUAUUAUAAUCAAGAUGGAGACUUAGUCAAUCCUAAUACAGGGAACAUUAUCAAAAGCGAAAAGUUGCUUCUUUUCAUCGCAAACAUCUUCUUUUUUCAACUAUUGGUCUUUAUUUUGGGUGUUCACGCGGCGAGAUAUUACAAAUUAUGGGAGAAAGAAAACGCGGUAAUUCACAAAUGCAUCAAACGUUUCUUGAAGAAAUGUUUAGAAACAUUUAAUAUUUUCUUUUUAUUUAUUUCUAGAUGGCCAUCUCGCUCUCCAAUGUGUCUUGUUGGGAAGUUGGAGCUUUUAGGAGAUAAAUAUAAGUUUGUCAUUAUGAAUACGUUACAGUUUAUUGAAAUUCUUGACGAUGAAAUGUUGUUGUUGACUCCUCCAAUUCCCUUCAAUACCGAACCAUUUACGAAAGCAUUAAGCAGGACUAGUGCCUUAAACCAGAUUUCACUCGUACCUCAAUAUGUGUGUUUAAAUGAAGAGCCUGAGUUCGAUUUUUACCAAGAUGAUGCAAAAGAUUUCAACAGCGUCAUUAGAAAUGAUGACGUCAGGAGAACUGAUGACGUCAUGGAAAACGAGGGCAUAACAAGGACUUCAUCACAAUCCUCAUCAAGCGAUAUUCCACCAGAAUUACCAACAAGAGAUUACUCCAAUCGUGAGUUAAAUACUUCAUAUAGUGAUGACAUAUAUGAAGAACCUGUGAUACCAUUGAACAGUCAAGUCUACAAACUUCAUUCAGAGUUACAAGAUGAAGAUACUGUGAAGGAGCAAUAA